UGGGCUCGGACCUACGUCACGGCGACAUGGCCAAACGUACCAAGAAAGUCGGGAUUGUUGGUAAAUACGGGACCCGCUAUGGGGCCUCCCUCCGGAAAAUGGUGAAGAAGAUUGAAAUCAGCCAGCACGCCAAGUACACUUGCUCUUUUUGUGGCAAAACCAAGAUGAAGAGACGAGCUGUGGGGAUCUGGCACUGUGGUUCCUGCAUGAAGACAGUGGCUGGCGGUGCCUGGACGUACAAUACCACUUCCGCUGUCACAGUAAAGUCCGCCAUCAGAAGACUGAAGGAGUUGAAAGACCAGUAGACACUCCUCUACUCUUUGAGACAUGACUGGCCUAUAACAAAUGAGUUAAUUUAUGCAAAAAAAAAAAAAAAAAAAAA